AAAUUGCUCACUCCUCCAGUGCUUAUUUAUACCUCCCAUCCUUGCCGCUUCUCUAUCUUCCCUCUCUCUCCGCCAUUUCCAUCACCUCUCGCAAGAAAUUCGAACAGUAUUACAGUGAGAGCGGCGUUCCCGCAUUCGCAGUCCGAUACCGGAGCUGAGGCCGACGACGAUGGGAGCUUCCUCCAACGACGGUUACUGCGCCUCCAACUAUGCGUCUUACUGCCAGAAUCGCAGAUUCUCGAAGGAAAUCCUCGACAACGUCCAUGGCACCAUCUACUUGGAGCCGCUUGCUCUCAAGUUCGUCGAUACCGAACAAUUUCAGAGGCAAGUUCGACGUCCAUACUUGCUAAUUUUAACUUCAAUCAGUUCCUAGACUAUUCGUUUUGUACAUUGAUUUACUCGUUCUUUCCACUGAGUGAUAAUUACUUGUUUGCAGGACUAACAAACAUGGUGUACCCUGGAGCAGUGCACACUCGGUUCGAGCACUCGUUAGGGGUGUACCAUUUGGCUGGAGAAGUAGCUUAUCGUCUCAGAGCUCAGCAGGAUCCGGAAUUUCCCAUUGAGGAUUUUGAUAUAAAGACUGUGAAGCUUGCUGGAUUAUUGCAUGACAUCGGCCAUGGACCAUUCAGCCACACUUUUGAGCGUCAAUUUCUUCCUCUGUUUCUUAAUGGCGCCUCAUGGCUGAGCACUUCCUCCAGCAUGACUUGUGACACUUCCAAAGUUGACAGGCCAAAGUUUGUUUUCAGGUCUCAUGAGGACAUGUCUAUCAGCAUGAUAGACUACAUUGUUGACAAGCACCACAUUGACAUUGAACCAGAAUGCCUAAAGAAAGCAAAGGAAAUGGUCGUCGCAAGUACUGAACAUGGUUCUCACAAUAGUCCCACUGGAAAGCAGUUUCUCUAUGACAUUGUUGCAAACGGCCGGAAUGGAGUAGAUGUUGACAAGUGAGUCAUCUUUUCUUCUUUUUACCUCAUCUUGGUUAUAUUCUUGUUUGUGAUGAUUGCAUUCUGGUUUGCCAAUCCCAAUACUCUUUAUUUAGGUUUGACUACCUUAUUCGGGAUUCGCGGGCUUGUGGAGUUGGCUGUGGUUUUAUGUUUGGGAGGUUAAUGGGAUCCAUGAGGGUUUUGGGUGAUGAGAUUUGUUACCGUGCCAAAGACUAUCUCACGGUAUACAAUCUGUUUUCGACUCGAGCAGAAAUGCACCGCACAAUCUAUACACAUGCUAAAGUGAAGGGGAUAGAACUCAUGGCUGUUGAUGCCCUAACCAAAGCAAAUGAGGCCUUUGGAAUUGCUGACGCUGUUCAAAACCCUGGAGAGUUUUGGAAGCUGGAUGACACAAUAUUGAAAAGAAUUGAAGUUGACGAAAGACCAGAACUCAAAGAGGCCCGAGAUUUGGUUCUACGCAUCAGGAGAAGAGAUCUAUACCAGUUCUGCAAUGAGUUUGCGGUUCCAAAGGAAAAUCUAGACCACUUCAAGGACGUCACUCCACAGGACAUUAUAUGCUCCCAGAGAUCUAGUGAUGUUACACUCAAGGAAGAAGAUAUUGCUGUGAGCACUGCCAAGAUCGACUUAACCCGUGGAAGUUCCAAUCCUCUUGAGAGCGUCAAGUUUUUUCAGGACUAUGACAGCACGGACAGCUUCACGAUACCAGUGGAGCGCAUCAGUCACUUAGUCCCUGCUGUUUGUCAGGACAAGAUCGUGAGAGUCUACGCCAAGAAGCCUGAACUGGUGGAAGCAGUUUCUCAGGCCUUUGAGAACUUCCAGAUGACUACAUAUGGGGUGAAAGCAAUACUUGCCACUCCUGAGAAGAAGAAGAACCGCAAAAGGUUAUUCCCAUACUGAGAAAAACUCCCCAGCCCCACCCCGCUGCAGGAACUACGUAAAUGAUUCAUGAUCGUAUUGGUGCGUUUAGAUCAUACCAACGUAUAUAAUUUUUGCUAUACUACUGAGCACUGAGACCACACACUGAGUUUGACAAGUAACCAAUGAUCCAAUACCGCAUGUGAUGUAAAGGAAUUUUUUGAUUCUUUAGGCCUGUUAAGAAACUGCAUCGGCCACCAUUUUGGAUGUUGCUUUACGGAAUCGUAUUGCAGAUGAAGCAUGACUUUUUGAUGGUGUUUCUUUUUCUCUCUUAUUGGGGAGCCUGUACUGUUUGUAUGUCGUUAUGUUGAACUCUUAUGGGCAAUUGACUUAGUUUUGAUCUGGUAAGAGGAUUUUUUCUCUUCU